CCUCUCUCCCUCCGCAGUCUGUGCUCCGAAGGCCCCGGCCUCCCUUCCCCCAGGCCUCUUAAACUGUACCCUUAAAACCUGUUUUCAAAAAGUGGUUCAAAGCUUCACAGGUACUUUAGAGGCUGUUGGGAAAGGAAAGGUCGAAACUAAAAGGAGGGUCCUCGCGCGGUGCGACCCCGAGUGUCAGGGAGCAAUGGGGCGGAGCAGCGGGGGAUGGGGGCCCACGCGGGUCUCGGGUCUCGCCGGGUCUCUUCCGAAGGGUCGCAAGUGCCCGCAGGUCCCUCUCAAGACCAGCUGCCUGCUCCUCAGAACCCGGAGAUUUGGCUGUACAAUGCCCAGCAGGUUCUGCGCUGGGGGCCGGUGUCCCUGAGCAACGAGACGAGGCCGGUGGCGUAUCAGGUGCAGUUCACAUUCCCCGCCAGCAGUACCUGGAUGGACGUCAACGGAAGGAACUCGCCCAUCAUGGUGAACUGUUGGGGGAUCCUGGCGACAGAGUGCGACUUCACCCCCGCCGGCCUCUCGCUGGACUUCCUGGGCUUCCCGAUGCAUUUCAACGUCUCUCUGCGCGUCCGCGCGGAGCUGGAGACGCGCACGUCUGCCUGGGUGGCAGCACCUUGGUUCCAGCACUACCGGAACGUGACCAUUGGGCCUCCAGAAAACAUCGUGGUGACCCCAGGAAAAGGCUCCCUGUUCAUCACGUUGUCCCCUCCCUUCAACAUCAGCGCACCCUCCCCGGUCACAUUUUCAUAUUAUGUCCAUUACUGGGAAAAUCCAGGAAACCCACAGGUCAAAGGCCCCAUCCAUAGCAACUUGAUUGUGUUGAAGGAUUUAAAACCCUUAACAGUGUACUGUUUACAAGUCAGGGCAGAACUGUUUUGGAAAUUACAGAACAUCGCUAGACCCGGGCAUUUAAGCAACGAAACUUGUCACAAAACAGAAGCGGACGCCUCCACCAGGUUCCAACAAGGCAUCCUGAUCGCUGUGGCGACCUUUCUGUCCCUGGCAGGGGUGGCAGGGAGCUGCCUCUUCGUGAUCCUGAAGUACAGAGGCCUGAUUAAGCACUGGUUUCACACGCCCCCAGGCAUCCCAGUGCAAAUAGAAGAGUAUUUGAAGGACCCGGCUCAGCCCAUCUUGGAGGCCCUGGACGACAGCUCGCCAAAGGAAGACCCCUGGGACUCCGUGUCCGUCAUUUUGUGUCCAGAGAAGGAGUAGGCGAUGCUCUUCAAAGCACUUGGAACCAAAGCACUGGCCUGUCUCCAGCCUGCGGGGCAGGACUUGGAGCGGCGACGCCGCUGUCCCGUCCGGACUUCGGAGCGGCUCCGUGUUCCCACUGCGGACAGGGCCGCCGUGCCUGGGGAGAGGCGGGCUUCGUGGGGGAGACAAGCUUCUUUCUUUACGAACUUUCUAAUUACAUGAUUUCAAGAAUGAUCCUACAGACUUAUCCCUGAAAAAGGAUGGUUUUUCUUAAACACUAAAAGGGCAUAUAAUUACCUGUUAGCAGAAGGCUCCAGCACACCUGGUUGUGUUCAUCCAGGGUCCCCUCUGUGACUCUGACAAGGGAGCCGAGGCCCCUUGGGCAGGCCACGUGGCCUGUCCCUGCCUGUCCCCACCAGGGACACUGAGCAACCCUUCACAUUCAGUCUCCCUGCCAAAAACGUGAUUAAUGCUGUAAAUAUUUUCCUAGUAACUUAACAGGUUUUUUUUCAGACUGGAAAUAAAAGACUAACUUUUUA